AUGGCUGACGGUCAGGCCAUCAGCGAGGUACACACAUUCGACUUGCCGACAUGCUGGCUGAGUGACAUAGCCCUUUGGCUGCGAACAGUCGAAUCCCAUUUUGCUCUGCGGCAAAUCACGAAAGAAGAAACCAAAUUUCAUUAUCUCGUGGCCGCAUUGCCACUAGAGAUUGCAACAGAUCUCCGUGAUAUUAUAGACAGUCCGCUCACAGAGACUCCCUAUACUACAUUCAAGGAGGCCCUAAUCUCCCGUGUCUCUUUAUCAACACCAAAACGCCUUCAGCGUUUAAUUUUCGACGAAGGCCUUGGUGACAGGAAGCCAACCCAGCUACUUCGGUGCCUGGAGCAGCUAUUUGAAGGACAACAGCUGGACGGCACCAUGUUCAAACAGCUUUUCCUCCAGCGGCUGCCCUCAUCCGUGCAAGCUAUCCUUGCACCCAACAUUCCUUCCUCGUCAGUUCAAACGCUGGCUGAGACAGCCCACCGGAUACUCGAGUACUAUCAACCACCCAUCUCGCGGGGUGAUGACGCUUUGAGCUCGCCCCACAAAUCUACUGAUCUCAACGCUGACCAUAUAAGACAAUACAAUACAAAUAAAUACACGGCAAACUGCGCAGCAUUUAUGUGA